AUGAACUCCAUCAAGAACAUCGCUUUCUUCGGCCUCAUGGGAGGUGCUCUGGCAAUCCCCAAGCCCGCUACCAGUCAAAGCCACCUCAAGAUCAACUACCCAGCCGACGUUGGCUGUGGUGAAGUCAAUGUUUUCUACACCGGAUUCCCGGCCCACCACCAAAUGGUCAUCGACCAGGGAUACAAUGUUACUGCGGUUGAUAUUUCACUACGCAACGAAGCCGCCAACCUCAUCAAGGCUGGGUUCAACGUCUACGUCCUCUUCCAGGGUCCUGACCAGCCCGUAUCCAACAUCGCCGACCGUAUGGCGGGAACCCAAUGGGGAAUUGAUGCCGUUGGCUGGGAUAAUCUUCACCAAUACCGCGAAUCUGCACCUUUGACACCGACUGUCUUUAACUGGGGUCCGGAUACCCUGUCCGAGUCCAUUACUCGUCGCGUUCCUCUCAAUGAGGAUUGCACCAACAAGCCCGGCAAGCUUCUGGCAUACGAGGAGAUCUGUGACCCGACACUUUGCGAGAAGAUCACCGUCAUCACCAAUGGAAGUCUGGAGGACCUUCUCAAGGGCCCCAACGCGUAA